UAUAUAGCAUGAUACGAUCGUUGAUAUUUUAUGAACAUUGUAUCGAUCGUUAUUACCGCGUUAUGCGUUUCAUUCCUUACGCGCGAUACUAAUUUUUUCAUCAAAUUUAACCAAUACGUUACUACCGGUUAUCUCGAUAGCGCAAAAGUUAAUCGUGGGUGCCAAAGCAGAUUAUUCGAUUGCGAGGUGUAGAGUGGAUAUUACAGCAGCGUGUAGUCGAUAAGCGAAAUACGGUUAUUGCCGUUUGUAACAGCUCGGGAAAUGUAUCUUGCAUGUUACAAAUAAAAAUGACCGAUAUUACGGGUUACGUUCGCCGACUUAUUCGAAAUUAGCAAAAUUAGUCAGAGCAUUGCGCGCAAUUAAAUCCGAUCUUGGAGCAAAUUACGUUGAUACGUAUCUCUUCGGAUUUUAUUAUUUUAUUUUUACGGUAUAUUUUAUUCGCGCAUUUUUAUACAUGGCUCGGAGGCGCUUAAACUGUCCGGUCAUUUUAUUAGCGAGAUAAAUCUAACGGUUAACGCAAAUUGUUUGGCAUGAUUAGAAUGUUUUCUGCCGCCGCCUCCACCGCCUCCGCCGCCUCCGCCUCCAGUUACAACGUCGGAAAGCAACAACUUGGCAAUUACGAUGGAGCAACAACAACCUGUGACAACAGAAUCGACGGCGACCGGUUUAUCGACUAACGAAACAGCGGGAAAUCUAACAACGAUUCAAGCAGCAACCACAUCGUUUCCAAGCCUCCCUGUGCCAACAGCGUAUAUCAUGCAUCCGGCGAUGCAACCACAAACACCUGGACAGCCAACUACACCUUGGUGGGUACCAACGGAUUCCGAUACGUCGGACCUUUAUGCACAGUGGUAUGACACGACCUACAAAGCGGCAGCUGCGGCAGUCGUGUCGCCGGCGAUACAAGUUUGCAACAAGACCAAGAACAAGUAUCACAAACGCAAGAACGAGUUCAUCGAUCCCACGUUAGACGCAGAGAAAGUUGCAAGCGCCCAGAGGGAACUCACGGUACUAAUGAAACCGCUGAAAUGCGAUCUGUGCAAUGCAGUUAUGAACUCUACGUUACAAGCUAAGUUACAUUACGAUGGAAAGCCGCAUCAGAAGAAGGUGUCUAUGUUUUUGAAUCAGAGUGUAAAGAAACAAAAGACCGAAGACGGCCAAAUCAGUAGUACGACCACCGACUGGCAAAACUAUUGUGAUAUUUGUAAGACGUGGUUCACGUCGCAAACGGAUGCGACGCAACACUACGCUGGUAAAAAACAUAUUAAAGCAGCGAACGGCGGACGUCGUGCGAGGCCGUCGAAGAAGUCGCAAAAUCAAAAUCAGUACAGUCAAAUAGAUCCCAGCGGCCGAUUCGGAAUGGCUUUUCAGACGGAAGUGCAAUCCACACCGGCACAACCGGUAGUACCUGACGAUACCAAUGCGGUACCUGUGCCAGCAACGGCCUCCAUCUACACACCGCCUCCUUAUCCAACGCCGUUGCGUUGCGAUCUCUGCGGUGUUUCGGCAAAUCGGCAGGAUCAAUUAGAAACGCACAAACGUGGUGCUAGACACUUGAGAAUGCUCAGAUUGAACGGAUUGCCCGUUCCCGAGCCUGCUACCGAGAGCGAGAUGACACCUGCUACUCCCGGACCUAUAGAUUAUUCCAUUUACCGAACACCAUCAGGUCAGUAUUAUUGUGCACCGUGCAAUCUGUCGUUAAACUCCGAGAGUACGUUUGCUCAGCACGUGGAGAGCAAAAAACAUAAAAAUCAGUCGAACCCAAAGUCUCCGUCUAAUGCCGUAGUGGUGUCGAAGAAAGCUAGAUUCAAGAAGAAAUAAGACCACGGGGGCAUCGUACACGUGCACGGUCGGUGCACGCUACUUCCUUGUCUGUCCAUUGUUUUCACUGAAACUUUUCUAUCAUUUUUCGAUUAUGCAGAUGUAUCGCGGUUGUAUCGCAAGCAACGUGCAGCGAUCUGUGCCUAAUAAUAAGAAAUAAAACUCUUGUUCGAUA